AUGGUUUCCAACAGUACUCCUGAUAUAGUGGUAUCGUCGUCAUCCUCACGGCGAUCUGCAUACAUGGGAAACCCCCAAACACCAGCUCAAUUCAUACAACAGUUACAGGAACAGCUGAAUGAAAAGAUAAAACAAACACAACAAACCGCUGCGUUAGGUCAAGACUUACUACAGCAACAGGAAGCAAUCACAAAAAGAAUAAAGGAACUCGAACAAAUCGAAGGAGAUGUGACGCCCGAGUUAAAAAACAAAUUAAACGAGCUAGAAGAAGCAGCAAAGGCUUUGGACGCUAGAACCCAAAAUUUGGAAGGCGUUUCCACGAACACAACAAACCUUGGUCACGCUCCCUUAAGAUCCGCAUCACCUGCCUUAGAAACUCCUGGCUUAUCCCAGCAAGCGGCAAGCCCAUCAAGAAACAGAAGACAGAGAAAUACGAACCGAAAUCAUGAUAUGGAAUUCGCUACCUCGAUAGGACAAAAACGAACUCUUGAAGCAAUAAGUAGACAACUCAGAGCUAAAGAAGAGUCAGAAGAUGCGCUUAAGGCCGAAAACUAUUCAUUAUACGGAGAAAUACAGACAUUAGAAGGUCAAGUCAAAGAAUUGACUGAUACCAUUGACAAGUUGCAAAAAGAUCUCAAGAAGGGAGAGAAGGCCCUUGCUAGCGCUACUGACUUAAUAGAGCAAUUAAAAGCCAAAGAGGCUAAACUAACUAAUCAAUUAGACGAUUAUAAGAAACGCCACGAUGAAGCUAUGAAUAAUAAUCGUAAACUUAGAGCUGCCAUGAAGCGAGAAAUCGAGAAUCUCGAGAGAGUAAACGAAGAACUAAGAAAGGAACUAGAAAAGUAUAAAGUACCCAAGAAACCGUCAGCAUCUGCUGCAUCCGGAACUGAAGCAACCGAUGCCCAGGUUUCCGGGCAUACCGUAGAAUUCGUAAAAGAGACCGUGGAGAUAAGAGAUACUACAAUGGAGGCCCUUCAGAAUGCUCAAAAGAUGAUAGCGCAAAUGAAGGUAUCUCUUCAAAAGGAAAAGAACGAGAAACUUGAGAUUAAGGAACUUCUCCAGGCCAGAGAGGAGGAAAUCGAGUCGUUACGCAAUAAUCUCGACUUUGGCCAUGAUCCAACAGGCCGUAACCGACGGGAUAAAGCAGCUGAAGAGGACGAUGUUCUUAGUGAUGAUGUAAUGUCUCACGAUGGUUAUGAUGAUGAAAAUAUUAAUAAGAAUAAUAGACCUUCGUCUGAUAUGUUCAGACGCGGUUCGCCUCUAGCAAGACGACCUGGAAGUAAUCGCUCAUUCCGGAAGAAGCCAUUGCUCGAAGGGCAAGUGGACGAAGAAGACGAAGAUAUGCUCGCUACGGAACGUGAUGAAUUGAUCACCGGCGAAGUAAUUAAGCGUGAUGCUGACGGAAACGUAAUACCCCAGUCUACCGAAUCGUACGAAGGAUUGGACCCUAACGAAAUAGAAGCAGAAAGAGCUGCUGCAUUAUCGCUUUUGACCAAGGGCAAGUCGCCAACCGAACAGCUCGUCAAUUCUGAAGCGAGACACAAUCGCCAAUCGUCUGUUGGUAGUCUUGACUCGUCUGCUGAAUCGUUUGCAUCUGCCAAGGAAUCAAACGCAGCGUCGGUAUCUCGAAGAGAGUCGGCCAUGUCUCUUCGAAAUUCGGGCGUACCCAGAAGGGAAUCUGCAUUUGUUCAAUCACGUGGUUCUAAGGCGGUUGGCUCUAAGAGAGAUGUUGAUGAAAUUAAGACAUACGCUGACGCCGAGACACAGACCGAUCUGACGAAAUUGGAGAUUGGUACUCAGACUGCUGAUUCUCUUGAUAAUCCGGUGUAUGAUGAGAACAGAUUUACACUGGAUCUUAGUUCAAAGACUAAUGCUCGAGGAAAGAGUCCUAUUAAUUCAACUGAUGUUCCUUCUCGUCCGCUGUUCGGUCCAACCGAAGAGACGUUAAGACGUGCUAAUUCUGUGUUUCUUAGACCUAAUUCUUCGCUCUCACGUAACAGUACGGUGAGUAAGGAUAAAGAUGGCAAUUCAAUUAUUCUUAAUGGAAAGACGGCUGAUAGUGUACCACAAUAUAAAUCGAUACCACCAAUUCAGAGCAUUGCUGCACAGGGAUCACGAUCUGUUCCUGGAGUGGACGAGAUCACUCCGAAAGCCGACGGCCGACCUAUGUCUCCAGAUCAUAAACAUUCACCUAGUUCAGUGUCCACUAGUAGUUCUGACUCUACAGCCACUGAUCGAUCUAGGCCACUCUCUGGGUCAUCUGUAGCUGAUUUGACACCAAGCUCGGAUAACAUGUUCCGUUCUGGCACAGAUCCGACCGUUAUCCAGUUCAUAACACAGACGAUGAUUGGGGAAUUUAUGUACAAAUAUACUCGUCGUAAGUUUGGAACUCCAGCGAAAAGAAAUCGGCGAUUCUUCUGGGUACAUCCAUUCACAAAGAUAUUGUAUUGGAGUGACAAAGAUCCAGGCGGCCGUGAUGGUGAUUCUAAAGUACAAGUUCAAGCUGCCUAUAUCGCUGCAGUAAGACAAGAGAAUGAUUCUAAUCCAUUCCCACGCGAUCUUUAUGAUAAGAGUAUAAUCGUAAUGACUCGCGGUGGACGAGAGGUCAAGUUUACUGCGAAAGACAAAGAGCGUCACGACCUUUGGUACCAGGCCCUUAAUCAUCUCGUCAAUGAUGCAGCAGACACAGGCAUGAGAUCUCGAGCAGGAUCGGAUGAAUUGCAUUUAGAUAACGAGACUACUUCACCCAAUGGCACGUUGCGAUCGAAUAAUAUGCCGAGAGUGAUAACGAAGAAGUCUAGCUUUAGUCAGAUUAAAGAUUUCUUGCGUCGCGACAGACAAUCGGGUACACAGCCUCCUCAUCACCUAUCACAUGAAGCAGAUCUUAAUAAACAGCCACCUAUGGGAGCAACAAGCAGAGACGUUCCAGUUCUUGAUAAUGACGAUGAAGAAGAUGAUUUUGAGAUAGAGAACGUGAGAGAAUGCUGCGGAGGACGACACGAUGUUGGAACUUACUCUUCUCAAUAG